GGACCCGAGCCACCCGGACUGCCGCGUCCCCGCCGCCGCCGCCGCGUCCCCCGCCGGGGCCGACCGAGCCGAGCCGGGCCGGAGCGGCGGGCGCGGCCGGGCCGCCAUGGACCAUAAGCCCCUGCUGCAGGAGCGGCCGCCCGCCUACAACCUGGAGGCCGGCCAGGGCGACUACGCGUGCGGCCCUCACGGCUACGGCGCCAUCCCCGCCGCGCCCCCGCCGCCGCCCUACCCCUACCUCGUCACAGGGAUACCCACCCACCAUCCCAGGGUCUACAACAUCCACAGCCGGACCGUCACCCGGUACCCUGCCAACUCUAUCGUGGUCGUGGGAGGCUGUCCCGUCUGCAGGGUCGGGGUGCUGGAGGACUGCUUCACCUUCCUGGGCAUCUUCCUGGCCAUCAUCCUGUUCCCCUUUGGGUUCAUCUGCUGUUUUGCCUUGAGGAAGCGAAGAUGCCCCAACUGCGGAGCCACCUUCGCUUAAAGGAGCAGCAGGCCCGGCUCUCCUACCCCAGCUCUUUUUCUAAUGUAAAUGUUGUGUACAAUAGUUUUAUUUGAUUAAGCUUCAGAACUGUUUUGUAAAGCGAGGUGGGACAGAUGUGGCACACGCCAGCUGCGGUCUCCCGGAGUGUGGAGCGGCAGCGCUGCUGCUCCCGCCCGAGGCUCAUGACAACUCAAUAAAGCACUGCUUUUAUUUUCUGCAGUCUUCAAUUUGAGAAAGGUGAGAAAUAAUGUUUUCAAUAAAUGAGAUUCAUACCAUUGUU